AUGCUUCAAAACACAUAUUUUGAAUACAUUAUUAUUAUCUUCAAUAAUCAUUAUUCAGUUAAAAUUCUGACACCUCAAAAGAAUUAUAAUAUGGAUAAGCCAAGAAGCCAUUCUCCUCCUCCCAGAAAAAUCCAUAAAAACAACAAUUGAAAAGAUAUUUUAGAGAAUGCAAGACAGAGCGAAAUUUCGCGAAAGCCUGCCGCUGAAUCCCCAUCCUUUAAAUAGGAACAAAAAAUCAUGCUCUAUUUAAAAUCAUAUCAUAAAAAUAUUUUAAAAAAUUAAAUUUAACUCAAUAUUUUUGAAUUUAAAUUUAUUUAUCAGGAAUUAAUUUCAAAAUUAAUCGAUACAGUGUGAAAACUGUUAAAAUAGUAUUCUACUUGUACUUUUCCAUUUAAAUUAGGUCAAAAAUAUCUAUAAAAAUAGUAUUUUCACCAUUAAAUUUUCCUAUUAAAAAAAUAUUCCAAUUUCAAGUGGGGUUAAAUAACAACAAAAAAAUGGAAAUUUUACCAAUCUAAAGGGGAGUAAGAAAAAUGAUUUUUUUUCUGAAAUGGACUAUUCCAGACGUGAAAUCCCAAAUAAUUCAUCAAUUCAAGAUAAAGAAUGAAAAGACAGCGAAAGAAGUUUCCAUUUAGAUCAAGCAAAGCUCAGAUCUCAAAUAAGAAUAGAGCAAGGAAGAGAAACCAAAUUUGAUUUAUUAUUAAGAGUUUUGAUGAUUUAUCAUGGAGAAAUCCCUUUUGAAAAGCACUCUCAAGCAAUCCCGACAGAAAUUCGUGAGCCUUACUUAUAUCUAAAUAACUGCAAUUAUAGCGAAUUAGAAGCAAUAAAAGCAUCAAUUGAUGUCCACUUUCAGCUUGAAGACAACAAAGAAAAGCAGGAAUUUUGAAAUUCUCUUCUAAAUAUUGUCAAUAAUGAAAUAAAACGAGCUAAAAAUACCGAAAAUAACCAAAACCCAAGUCAAUUUAAAGACGAUAUUGAUAGAAUUAUCAAAAAUCUAGAUGAAAAAAAAUUAGGAAUAAUAGAAGAACAAGUCAGGCAAAAUAUGAAUAGGCAGGAUGUAGACAAAACUUUUUGGACUGAGGUUCAAGACAAUAUUUGUGUAUAUAAAGCAAAAUCAUCAAUAAAAAAAGCAUUUCAGAAUUUUAUGGAAAAACCAGAAACAAAUACCAAUGAAUUAAUAUUUUCUCCAUCCCAGAAGCGAGAUCUAUUAUUGAAAGAUGAAUUUUUGCAGAAUGGGACAAAUGAUGGAAGCGAAAGUCCGAUUUUAUUUCAAGACGAAACAUGUUUUGAUAAUAUAAAGAUAAUUACGCCUGAUGAAGAGCAAAAAGCUUACUCUAAUUCAAGGCGACAAAUCCUGCUAAAAGAGCUUGAAGAUUUAAUAGAAAGACAGAAAAGGCUAAUCUCAAAGAAAAAUCCUUUACUUAGCUCUGACAGUGCUUUAUAUAAUGUAUUAAGACAUGAAAAAGUUGUAAGUGGGAAUAUUGAGAAUUCCAUAGAAGAUUUAAUGAAAAUUGAUAUGAUGAAAAAUAUGAAGCUUGAAGAUGGAGAGUCAGAGUUUGGAGAAACCAUAGAUUUAAAGCCAAUUUUAGAAGACUGGAAUGAUAAAUAUCGGCCUAGAAAGCCAAAAUAUUUCAAUAGAAUUAAAACAGGCUAUGAAUGAACUAGACACAACCAAACGCAUUAUGAUCAUAGAAAUCCUCCACCUAAGGUAGUUCAAGGCUACAAAUUUAAUAUUUUUUAUCCUUGUCUUAUCGAUAAAACUCAAGCUCCUCAAUUUUAUUUAGAGCCAGACGAAACUAAUGACACAGCAAUACUAAGGUUUCAUGCAGGCCCACCAUAUGAAGACAUUGCAUUUAGAAUAAUAAAUAGAGAAUGGGAUUUCUCAGACAGGCAUGGCUUUAAAAGCUUUUUCGACAAAGGAAUUUUGCAUUUGUACUUCAACUUCAAGCGCCAUAGAUAUAAACGCUAA